CCUUGAGCUAUUGACUUCAGUCAAAGAGAAAAAAAAGAUAUUUCCGGCAUGGCUUCCUUGUCACGCACAUUGGGCAUCACAGCGGCCACUCGCAAUACUUUAUUGCGUGCUUCGGCUUUGAACCGACCUAGAAUUCUCGCUGUUCAACCGACAUGGAGCCUCGUGAAUGCGCGAUGGGCCAGCACGCACGAGCCUGUAAAGUCGAAAUAUUCUAGCACGACGAAAAAGAUUGUCUAUGGAUUGGCGAGAAUCAUGGGUUACUAUUCAAAAAAUUCCACCGCCAUUCGAUCCAGCCAUAGUCUCUAUAAAGCGUGCGCUCAGCAAAUGGAGCAGAACAAAGUCUUUUUCAUUGAAGAAUGCAAGUUGCCUGAUAAUUUCCAAACCUGGUUUGCUGUGACCCAGCUUCACGUGUGGAUGUUGAUGGUGCAUUUACGAGCGCACGGACAAGGAAAAUUGUAUAUUCAGGAAUUGGUGAAUCGCUUUUUCGAAGAUGCCGAAGUGCGCAUGCGUGAGCAACAUGGGAUUACACAACAAAAGGUGAUCAACAGUUACAUCAAGGAUUUACUGGCUCAGUUCCAUGGUGGUGUGGUUGCUUAUGACGAAGGCAUGUGUAAAGACGAUCCGGUCCUGGCAGCAGCAUUAUGGAGAAAUCUAUUUGCUCCUACCUCGGAAAGCGGUACGGAUCUCGCUUACAUGGUUCAGUAUAUCAGACAGGAAUUGAAAGCAUUGGAGGCCUACGAUGGUGAAAAGCUCAGUGCAGGCAUUGUGCAGUUUGGUACACCCGUGGCUUCUUUCUCAUUAUAAAAAAAGAAAACUCCAUAUUUUAUCA